AGAGGACAGGAAGACAUGAAGGAGCAGGUCGCCAUGGUGGAGCGCAGAAAUGGUCUGAUGGUAGCUGAGAUCGAGGAGCUGAGAGCCGCUCUGGAGCAGACAGAGAGAGGACGCAAAGUGGCUGAGCAGGAGUUGGUUGAUGCUAGCGAGCGUGUUGGACUGCUGCACUCUCAGAACACCAGUCUUUUGAACACCAAGAAGAAGCUGGAGACUGACCUUGUCCAGGUUCAGGGUGAGGUGGAUGAUGCAGUUCAAGAAGCUAGAAAUGCUGAGGAGAAGGCCAAAAAGGCUAUCACUGAUGCUGCCAUGAUGGCUGAGGAGCUGAAGAAGGAGCAGGACACCAGUGCUCACCUGGAGAGGAUGAAGAAGAACCUGGAGGUCACAGUCAAGGACCUGCAGCACCGUCUGGAUGAGGCCGAGAACCUCGCCAUGAAGGGUGGCAAGAAACAGCUCCAGAAACUGGAGUCCAGGGUCCGUGAACUGGAAACUGAAGUUGAAACUGAGCAAAGACGUGGAGCUGAUGCUGUUAAAGGAGUCCGCAAAUAUGAGAGGAGAGUGAAGGAGCUCACCUACCAGACUGAGGAGGACAAGAAGAAUUUGGUCAGACUUCAGGAUCUGGUGGACAAGCUGCAGCUCAAAGUCAAGGGUUACAAGAGACAGGCUGAGGAGGCUGAAGAACAGGCCAACACCCACAUGUCCAGACUGAGAAAGGUCCAGCAUGAGAUGGAGGAAGCUCAGGAGCGUGCUGACAUUGCUGAAUCCCAGGUCAACAAACUGAGAGCCAAGAGCCGUGAUGUUGGAAAGGGUGAAAGUGCUGAAUAAGACACAUUCUUUUGGAACUUUUUGGCAGUGUUCAUAAAAUAUGAACUAACUGUUAAAUUGUCUGCUUAUGAUGUAUUAAUUCAAUAAACACUUUCAUUAUGAUUUCAUGAAA